AGAGUCGAGAUAUUGGGCCAAGGCACUGAGUUCAUCUGAUGCCAGCGCCAGACAUGAUCCUUGGUGUCGCUAUUAUUCAGAAAAUUUCAUCGCAGAAUUAGACCAGAUAACUGGGGCAAGACAGGGUUUAGCAAGCCUGCCUGCCUCUCGGGACAAGUGUCAUGCGUUGUGAGUUUCCAAUCCCCUUGACAGCAGACAACAGCAUCUUUGACACGACUGUCAGUCUGGAGCAUUCAGCAUCUGCUCUUUUUGAACUCGACGGCAGAUCCUGUAGCGGGAACAAAAUGCCUGUCGUUUGCAGGACUUCCUCCACUCUCUGGCUGCCAGUCGAGGCACUCCCGGCCUUUCAGGGCAUCCCACCCUCACAAUCGGGUUCAUGGAAACAUCUCCUUCUGUCAAACCUUUUCGAAACAUUUUCAGAAGCCACGGCAGAGCAUUUGGCUAUACUUGGCUUUGAAUGUGACGGCAUCGAGCCUGGAUUUGAGUUGGCGGCGGCCGAACAGCGAAACAAGACUGAAACUAUCAGCCUCCCCUUCUUCGUUGCCGACUUCGACGAGUACACACAUGAACCCUGCCGAUGCUCUACGGCCGACAUUUGUCACCUCUCUCGCCUCCGUGCAGGUACCGUGUGCGCUGCGGCUCUGAAUGUCUUCCACCGUCUCGCAGAGAUUGCGUUUGUGGAAGACCAGGAACAUCUACGCAUCCUUACCCCAGUGCCGCCUAUGGUGACAAUGACUUUCUGCGCGCAACAUGUACGCAUAUGGAUAGCGCAUCGGAAGAAAUACGGGAGCCCCUGCAAGAUAGACUGUAUCUGGAAGGGAGAUAUGACGCGACUCCGCGACCUUGUCGAGCUGAAGGCCAUCUUCGGCAAUAUUUCAACUUGGGCGACAUCUGAGUUUCGCAACGGAAUCUCAGACUACGUCUCACGAUGGAAGGAUCGAUUUCCAUUGGCUUUGUCGGACGAGGACGAGGACGAGGACGAAGAAAUCAAAUUCCUUAUCACGAAGGUGGGCAAUCUCAAGAUUUCACGGACCAAUAGCCUCCGCUUUAGCAACCAGCCUUCUGUUGCCGAAACGGCGGCGCACGAAGGACAUCAGCCGCAAACGGGAGAUGCUUCCAAUAAGACAAACGAUCCCGACAUCAUGAUAAUAGUCGAGUCAACGGAAGGUCCACCGGAGCCCGACAGCCUGCCGACACCGGCAUCCCCAUCAUCGACGCGGAAAGAGACAACGACAUUCCCCCCCAGCCGUCUCGACACACCUCGGCCAUCUCGACCGAGAGGUAACAGCACUGGCACGAAUAUCUCGAGAGACUCCAAUCCUUCUUCCUCCUUCCAGCUAUCGUCCGAGGCGCGUGGCAACACCGGAAUGUCGACCCAUGGAGAUACGCUGCAGGUCAGAAAAUUAAGGAGCCAGCGCCCGCGCUCGUUCGAUGCCAGUGAAUUCGAAGGUGCCAAGUUUGCGUUCGACGUCUCUCCUACGAGAUCCGAGAGCCACGGACGUCUGGGUGCGCGUAGAAACCAUGUGCGAAUCUUCAGUGGGCAUGACCUUGAUGCCGAGGAAUUCACGUUUAUAGCCCGGGCCUCUGAUGCACUUGUCCCAGAAAGCACUUGAGUUCUUUUCGCGAGUGGGUUGACAAAGCUUGGUUUGGUUGGAAGAAAUAGGUUACUUAGAAAUUAGGGCC